AUGGAAGGCUUGUGGUUGGUUUUAUUAACAUCCUCUGCAAGCAUUGCGGUCCAUGGAUUUAAGAAUUUCUUAUCAGAUCCAGACUUAAAGUUCCGAAAUUUCGCAACAAAGAUCGAUGGGCGAAGACUCAAUGGAAGCUUCGACAAAGAGUUGAAUGUGACAUCAGAAAUAUUUUGUCAAAUUGAAUGUGUGGCUGAUAGCCGAUGUUUCUCCUACAACUUAAUUCCGAUGUUAGGCAUGGAGAUGUUCGUUUGUCAGCUCAAUCAUGGAGAUAGAUUUGUGGGCCAUCAGAAUUUCACAGCCAAAGAUGGAGCAAUAUAUAGAGGAAUACAGGUCAGUAAUAAAGCGAGUUAAUGGAAUAUCAUGUAAUACUCUUAUUUAUACGAUUAGGAAGCCAGGAUUCCAGCAAAAAUAACACAAACUGCUUCAUUUUCACGAACGUAAUAAAGUUAGAAAGGUGCAAGAUCAUUAUAAUGGCAAACGUUUCGCUACACCGAAGUCCUCCUGCAAUGGGGAUCGUAUUAAAAAAAUUAAAAAAAUGGGGUUAGUGUAGAAUACCUCGAGAGUUUAACAGGGACUUGUUGGGGAAUUAAGCCCCAUUGUUGGGCGAGAGGUGCCCUUUUCUACUACAAACCGUUAUCUUUACAUCAAGUGGAUCGUUCCUUCUUUCAGGAACAUGUCUUCUUAUUGCUGAUCUUGACUCAUCCAGGUACAAGCAGAACUUCAAGCACAGCUUUUCUUCUUUUUUUAGAGCAUCUGUGAAAAAGAAUCACCUUGUGCCGAAGAUGAGAUAUGCAUUCCCGACUACGAAGAUGACACCAAUCAUUUCUGCAAAUGCAUAGGUUUAGGUAAGGCGUCCAGACACAUCUGGAUUAAUCCAAAAACGCAUUCCAGUUUUACAUUUUCUCCAGCCUGGCCUAAAGUCCAAACUCAAAUGGUAUUUAAAAUUGGUAAAGAAAACGAGCGGUCUCCAGGGUAGUGAAAUUUUAACCGCCUGUCACUGUACGGUUGGUGCAGUAGUUUUGUUGUUAUGGCAUAGAUACAAAACGACUGUGACGGCGAGAAACUCCAUUUUCAAUUUAUCGUUGUUAGUGUAAAGGCCAUCAAAGCUUAAAUAAAUUUAGCACAAAGUAAACUAUUCUCCAAGUCCUUGAUCUGAAGACAGUGCAAAGGAGUCAUUGCCUGUCUAAUCAGCACUUAUGCAAUUAGGCAAAAUUGAGACGUAAAUCGUCACAGUUUUUAUUCAAGACGAAAGGUUUACAGAGCUCAGUAGAAAAAAUUGCAUUGUUUUUUCAAUUUAAAGCCAAAAAAAAAGAUAAGAUAUUUAGGGGAGCAGUGAUCUCCACCCUUCACUCCUUCAUUCGAGUAAUUUUUGAUUAUUCAAUGGUCGUACAAUUUGAUAGAAGGUGAUAAGAGUAUUGAUUCCCUUUUCUCCUCUCUUGCACUCUUAGCUUAUUUAUGAUCUUUAAUGAUUUUUAGCGCUGUUUUGAAGCACAAUAGGACUACCGUAAAAGAACCAAAUCUGUUCAGUAACUUUUUUAUACAAGCUAAUUAAGGCGUGGAAUCUCUUGCUAGCUUCAGUGAAUAGCUCAUGCUUUUUAAUGCAGAAUGCUUUCGCCCAAGACAUUGUCACGAGCUUUACUUAAAUGGUUCCACGACUGAUGGAGUGUACUUGGUUUACCCUGACAACGAAGAACCCAUUAAAGUACUGUGUGACAUGACAACAGAGGGAGGUGGAUGGACAGUCUUUCAAAGACGAAUGGAUGGAUCAGUGGACUUCUACUUGGGAUGGGAAGACUACAGAAUGGGAUUUGGAAAUCUGAACGGGGAGUUCUGGUUAGGGAAUGAUAAUCUUCACCGUCUGACUGCAAAUGCUGAUAUGAUGCUCCGAGUUGAUUUGGAGGAUUACGAUGGUGUACGAAAAUAUGCCGAGUACAUGACAUUUUCUGUAGCUGACGCGAACGACAACUAUCAACUGACAAUUAACGGAUAUCAGGGCACCGCGGGUGACUCGAUGGUGACGUGUGUUCAGUCAGCUAAGUACGUACGUAGGGAUGUAAUUAAGGUGGCUCGAUAGGGUUUUCCAGUGUCAAUACCCCUUUAAGUUUGAGCAUAAACUACGUCGCCUUUUUACAAAAAUUUGGAGAAAUUUCCAUCACAGCUGUAUUAAAUAAAGAUGAAAAUUUGUUAUGAUCAGGGUUGCAAUGACAUCGGAGUUGACGUAGCAACGAAAUGACACCAUUGCCAAUUUUAAUUGCAGUCGUAUUUCUCGGCACUGGAAACUGCUCUUCCAAAAUCGUUAACCGGAAUUUUUUCCUCCAAUAGCCGCCUCGAUAUUCGAGAAGUUUAAGCGAAAUCUAUAAGAGCGUUAUCGAGAUAUUUUGGAAUGAAGUUUUGGUGGUCGAAAAUACAGUAACAACUGAACAAUCUUGAUGUUUGACCGUUAUCUGUAGAAAACGAAGCGUUUUGAAAUGCAGUAUCACCUCAUAGUAGUUUCAUUCUUUUUAAAAACUUGUGUGAAAGAACAUGAAGAUAGCUCUAACCGAUUGCUAGAAAGAAGGAUUUGAUUCAGUAUGUAUCGAGGCGCUCUUGUUAGCGAUUUUGUAAACAUUUUGAUUUACUUUAACAAAUAAGCGAAACCACUAGAUAGAUUUGUUUAAAAAACAUUGAGAUUUUCUCUAGAUUAACCGGCGUUUUAUAUGACCUUUGAGUUUCAAGAUUAUUAUGCUUACUCUCGGGAAUGAGUAACCGCGAGCGACCUGAACCGUCUGAAAAUCAGGCUACAUUUUCGCGGACAGAGAGUUUUUAUUGAGUGUUGAAUGAGGGAAGUUCGCUACGGCCUUCGAAGGUGAAAACUCACUUCUCUGCUCCCCUAUGUCUAGCAAACCAGAGCACCGACGAAACACAGUUUUAAACGAGCAUUCAUAGUAUACUUAUGAAACUCGGCUGUAAAUGCCGUGUUUCCUCGUACUAAUUUUCCCUUAAAAUGGAUACAUACCUACGGAAAAAUUGCAAUAUUGAUGGACUUUUCUCCCAUCAACUACAUCUCAUCAGAAAUUUUUUCGCCAUUACAUUAUGACCCCACCUGAGAGAAAACGGGGAAAAUCAAAGGCGCUUCUCGGUAAAACUAAUCUUCAAGGCAUGUUGGAUGCCAUGAUCUUGAAAUGGUAUGAACUGCAAGUUACUGGAAAUAUUGGGCGCUCAUUAGCCAAAAUUCAAUAAAAGAAUUGAACAUUCCGUUAUUAUGAUUACGACUUCACAAUGAGUGUAUUACAAACAUUAUCAUGAUCAUAAGAAAAUGACCGAUCAUUUUCUUAAGAUUAUGAUUAUGUUGAUAACAAGCUUCUUUAUUAAUAUGUUUUUAUACUUUGACCUAACAACCCCCGUCCCCCCCCCCCCCCCCAACGACUAAGAUUAUGAUCUUUAUGUCGCUAAUGGAACCACCUAGAAGCUAGAAACUUUGCACGUGUAGCACACUUUUUGGAACAUUUCUUUGCAGUCGUGGAGUAACUCCUAAUUCCUCGUUGUGUAGAGGAACGUUUGCAAACGACUUCAAAUUUCUCUUUUUCUUUUAAACUUGGAUUUUGUUUUUAGAAAUUCAACCCAAAGAGGGUUCGCCUACUUUUGGCGUAACUUAACUGAGAGAUCAGUUGAACUCACUGAACUCAUUUAAAACUUUUUAAAGAAGAACUGGAAUUCAUUACGUCAGUGAACUAAUAGAAAGCUCACACAAUGCUUUUUAUACAACCAUGCUGUUUAAUGCACCAAUCAAUGGUUUGCCCCAGGAUGGGGGGGCGGGCAACCCACGGGAAAUUUGACAUUUUCAGGUUUUCAAAUGUCAAUUUCCCCACCCUUGGGUCUCCAUUGUAAGUCAAAUUCCCACUCUUGGGGACCACAGGCCUUCAUAGUAGUUAAGCGAAAUGAUAGGCACUCACAACAAGUUUAUUGCAGCACUCCUCCAGACAGUAACAGUACUUGUUGGCAAAUGGUCCCCACCAAGUUUGUGCAUUUUCCUAAAUGAAGAAGGCAUAUUCUAGGUAUUUAAAUUCCAAUUUUUUUCAGCGCCACAAUUGAUUCACUAACUAUCCGGAUUCUGAAUUUCAUGGUCAUUGAAAAACUGUGACAUUAUCUUCUAUAAGCCCAAACUUGAGUAAACAUUGAAGAUUUUUAGCGUUUUGGCUGAGUUUGUGCUUUGGGAGUUGUCUAUUGUUUCUAGUCUGUCAUGAUACAGCAUUCUUGUUCAGCACGCGUGCAAUGACCGCGCUUGGUUGACUUCCGAAUGCUCACCGAGAUAUGAUAAUUUUGGUACGGUGAAAAUAGAAGGGAUUCCCGUCGCGCAACGUCUAGACAUGAGCACCCUCAGCGCUUUGUAUACUGCAGGAGGUACCCCAGGGAGGUACUCUAGGUUUCAAGUGACGGGGAUGAUCGAACGGAGCCAAAAGUCAAGACCCAAAAAAAUCCUUAGGGCUUCCAGCAAAACCCAAAAAAAUCCCUGGACCAAAAAUUAACCCCCAAAAAAUCCCAUGCCGAUUUGGUGGCCCUUAAAAGUUCCAGAAAGGGGUAAUGCUAUAACACAAAGAAAAACCUUGGAAAAUUAAACAACAGCAAAACACGUUUGUUUGUACUUUAUUCGCAGAACUACGCAGCCAGGGCACUGCCGAUUCUUUUUAAUACCCCCAAAAAAUCCCUACUCAAAUCAAGCUACAAAAAUAUACUUGCCAAAUUUUCGUACCCAAAAAAAUCCCGGAAUCGAAAAUUUCAAACCCAAAAAAAUCCUUCGAUCAUCCGCGUCACUUGAAAUCCCGAGUACCCCCCCUGGGGGAAUUAAAAGGGCUUUGCUAACAAUUUUAGCAUUACCUCUAAGCAAGACGAGCAAGAAGCACGAGAAUUGAUUAAAAAUGGUGAGUUUAACCUCUAUGUAUCACGCCAUCGCCUGUCUCACCGUAUCAAAAUUAUCAUAUCUCGGUGAGCAUUCGGAAGUCAGCCAAGCGCGGUCAUUGCACGCGUGCUGAACAAGAAUGCUGUAUCAUGACAGACUAGAAACAAUAGAAAACUCCCAAAGCACAAACUCAGCCAAAACGCUAAAAGUCUUCAAUGUUUACUCAAGUUUGAGGUUAUAGAAGAUAAUGAUGUCACAGUUUUUCAAUGACCAUGAAAUUCAGAAUUGUGGCCCUGAAAAAACUUGAACGAAAAAAAAACUACGAAUUUUUAAGAAAAUGAUUUUUUUAAACGCUGACAAACGUCAACAAAUAGCUAAAACUAUAAUAUCCAUAUGUUUGCAUUGCUCGAAAUCGCGCGCAUUUACAAGGCCCUAAAGCUUUUAGGGCUUGAUCUAUAUUGAUCUAUAUUUUAUCCAUGCUAUAUGUUAGACUUACGAUCAAAGCCGUAAAGGUGGGGAUACCAGAGAGCGUCAAAUUAGGAUUUUACCCUCACAAAAUAACUGGUUCGGGUCACCUUAAGGGCAGCUAUUACAGCACCUGAAAAAAGACCAAGAGGUUAAAACGUAUUUAAGAUCUCUCGUAAGAAAUUAACCACCCAAGCUAGACCAGGGUCAAUGGGUUGAAUGAGUGGUCGCUGUCAGAGAGUCGUUAUUGACCCAUCGUGCCUCUUGUUUGUCCCAUAUAGAGAGUUAGAUUUAAUGAAAACACUGUGACACAGGAGCUAUGAGUUUAGUUUUAGUCAUUUUCUGAGAAGACUAGAAGAAGUGCCUAUUUUUGAAAGUCGAGCAAAGCAAGCUCUUUGGCCUCCUUGUCUUAAUUAUUUGAAGACCCUAACCAAUUGUUGGUCCGGCCGAAAAUCGAACUAGGGUCUACUUCAACACAGUCAUGCAUACAGACCAGCUCGAUAAGUUGCUUUUAUAUGAAAAAGUGAAUUUUAACGUUAAAAACUUGUGUUAGUUUUCUAUGCGUUUCCCAGUGUAAUGAAUAAUAAGUUUUUGAUAAAUCAGAAUUAAUGGAUAUCAAAUAUCGCAGUUGCUGAUUUUGUAAGGAGAAUUGUGUUUUAAUAAUUCAUCUUUGUUUCUUUAGGAACAUGAUGUUUACAACGCAAGAUCGAGACAAUGAUGUGAAUUCUGGAGCAAAUUGUGCGGUUUUGCACAAAGGAGGAUGGUGGUACAAGAAGUGCCAUUGCUCUAAUCUCAAUGGUUUGUACCAAGGAGGCUCUCACCCACAAGGCGUCGUGUGGUAUUCAUUUAGUAGCCAGUGGUAUUCCCUGAAACACGUGGAGAUGAAAUUUCGGCCUAAUUGA